AUGACCACGUACAGUCACGUGACCACGUACGGGCACAUGACCACGUACAGUCACGUGACCACGUACAGUCACGUGACCACGUACAGUCACGUGACCACGUACAGUCACAUGACCACGUACAGUCACAUGACCACGUACGGGCACAUGACCGCCUACGGUCACAUGACCAAAUGCAGGGCGUGUGAAGCUUCUGUGACUCUGAUGAAACCCUUGGUGCUGCUCUUUAGAGACAUCCAUCCAUUUUCUUCCCUUUAA